AGAGGCCGGUAGAGGACUGUGAACCAAAAGUUGUCCCCCAGGAUGGACUUCACCGCGCAGCCCAAGCCUGCCACUGCCCUCUGUGGCGUCGUGAGUGCCGACGGGAAGAUCGCUUACCCUCCGGGGGUAAAAGAGAUCACCGACAAGAUCACCACUGACGAGAUGAUCAAACGCCUGAAGAUGGUAGUGAAAACUUUUAUGGAUAUGGAUCAGGACUCAGAAGAUGAAAAACAGCAGUAUCUCCCACUAGCCUUGCAUCUUGCAUCUGAAUUCUUCCUCAGGAACCCCAAUAAAGAUGUGCGUCUCCUUGUAGCAUGUUGUUUGGCUGAUAUCUUUCGUAUCUAUGCCCCGGAAGCUCCAUAUACUUCCCAUGAUAAACUUAAGGACAUAUUUUUGUUUAUUACCAGACAGUUAAAAGGUUUGGAGGAUACGAAGAGUCCACAGUUUAAUAGAUACUUUUAUUUAUUAGAGAAUUUAGCUUGGGUUAAAUCAUAUAACAUCUGCUUUGAAUUGGAAGAUUGCAAUGAAAUUUUUAUUCAGCUUUUUAGGACUCUCUUCUCAGUGAUCAACAAUAGCCACAAUAAGAAGGUACAAAUGCACAUGCUAGAUUUGAUGAGUUCUAUCAUCAUGGAAGGUGAUGGAGUUACUCAAGAGUUAUUGGACUCCAUUCUUAUUAACCUCAUUCCUGCACAUAAGAACUUAAAUAAACAGUCCUUUGACCUUGCAAAAGUGCUAUUGAAAAGAACAGUCCAGACUAUUGAGGCAUGCAUUGCUAAUUUUUUCAAUCAAGUCCUAGUGCUGGGAAGAUCAUCAGUAAGUGAUUUGUCAGAACAUGUAUUUGAUCUGAUUCAGGAACUUUUUGCUAUAGAUCCUCAUUUAUUAUUAUCCGUCAUGCCACAGCUUGAAUUCAAACUAAAGAGCAAUGAUGGAGAAGAGCGAUUAGCUGUUGUUCGACUUCUAGCUAAAUUGUUUGGCUCCAAAGAUUCCGAUUUGGCAACACAGAAUCGUCCUCUUUGGCAAUGUUUUCUUGGACGAUUUAAUGACAUUCAUGUUCCUGUGAGAUUAGAAAGUGUGAAAUUUGCCAGUCAUUGUUUAAUGAAUCACCCAGAUUUAGCGAAGGAUCUCACAGAAUAUUUAAAGGUUAGAUCACAUGAUCCAGAAGAAGCUAUUCGUCAUGAUGUCAUUGUUACUAUAAUAACAGCUGCCAAGAGGGACCUGGCCCUAGUAAAUGAUCAGCUGCUUGGCUUUGUAAGGGAAAGAACACUGGAUAAACGGUGGCGAGUAAGAAAAGAAGCUAUGAUGGGUCUGGCUCAGCUUUAUAAGAAAUAUUGUCUUCAUGGUGAAGCAGGAAAGGAAGCUGCAGAGAAAGUCAGCUGGAUAAAGGACAAACUUUUGCAUAUUUAUUAUCAGAACAGCAUUGAUGACAAACUGUUGGUAGAGAAAAUCUUUGCUCAGUAUCUUGUCCCCCACAACCUGGAAACAGAAGAGAGAAUGAAAUGCUUAUAUUACUUAUAUGCUAGUUUGGAUCCAAAUGCUGUAAAAGCUCUCAACGAAAUGUGGAAGUGUCAGAACAUGCUUCGGAGUCAUGUACGCGAACUGUUGGAUUUGCACAAGCAGCCUACAUCAGAAGCUAACUGUUCUGCCAUGUUUGGGAAACUGAUGACCAUAGCAAAGAAUUUGCCUGACCCCGGGAAAGCACAAGAUUUUGUGAAGAAGUUUAACCAGGUUCUCGGCGAUGAUGAGAAACUUCGGUCUCAAUUGGAGUUAUUAAUUAGCCCAACUUGUUCUUGCAAACAAGCAGAUAUUUGUGUGAGAGAAAUAGCCCGGAAACUUGCAAAUCCUAAGCAACCAACAAAUCCUUUUCUAGAGAUGGUCAAAUUUCUGUUGGAAAGAAUCGCACCUGUGCACAUUGAUUCAGAAGCCAUAAGUGCACUAGUGAAAUUGAUGAAUAAGUCAAUAGAGGGGACAGCAGAUGAUGAAGAGGAGGGUGUAAGUCCAGAUACAGCUAUCCGUUCAGGACUUGAACUUCUUAAGGUUCUGUCUUUCACACAUCCUACCUCGUUCCACUCUGCAGAGACAUAUGAGUCCUUGUUACAGUGCCUAAGAAUGGAAGAUGACAAGGUGGCAGAAGCUGCUAUUCAAAUUUUUAGAAAUACAGGUCACAAAAUAGAAACAGACCUUCCCCAGAUACGAUCGACCUUAAUUCCCAUUUUACAUCAAAAAGCAAAGAGGGGUACUCCACACCAAGCAAAACAGGCUGUGCACUGUAUACACGCCAUAUUCACAAAUAAAGAAGUCCAGCUUGCACAGAUUUUUGAGCCACUCAGUAGGAGUCUGAAUGCUGAUGUGCCAGAACAACUUAUAAUCCCAUUAGUUUCAUUGGACCACAUUUCUAUGUUAGCACCAGAUCAGUUUGCUUCCCCAAUGAAAUCUGUAGUAGCAAAUUUUAUUGUGAAAGAUCUGCUAAUGAAUGACAGGUCAACAGGUGAAAAGAAUGGAAAACUGUGGUCUCCAGAUGAAGAGGUUUCCCCUGAAGUACUAGCAAAGGUACAGGCAAUUAAACUUCUGGUAAGGUGGCUGUUGGGUAUGAAAAACAACCAGUCUAAAUCUGCCAAUUCAACCCUUCGGUUAUUAUCAGCGAUGUUGGUUAGUGAGGGUGACCUGACAGAGCAAAAGAGGAUCAGUAAAUCUGAUAUGUCUCGCUUGCGAUUAGCUGCUGGUAGUGCCAUAAUGAAGCUUGCUCAGGAACCUUGUUACCAUGAAAUUAUUACCCCAGAACAGUUUCAGCUCUGUGCACUUGUUAUUAAUGAUGAAUGUUACCAAGUAAGGCAGAUAUUUGCUCAGAAGCUACAUAAGGCACUUGUGAAGUUACUGCUCCCAUUGGAGUAUAUGGCGAUCUUUGCCUUGUGUGCCAAAGAUCCUGUGAAGGAGAGAAGAGCACACGCACGACAGUGUUUACUGAAAAAUAUCAGUAUACGCAGGGAAUACAUUAAACAGAACCCUAUGGCUACUGAGAAAUUAUUAUCACUGUUGCCUGAAUAUGUAGUUCCAUACAUGAUUCACCUUCUGGCCCAUGAUCCAGAUUUCACAAGAUCACAAGAUGUUGAUCAGCUUCGUGAUAUCAAAGAGUGCCUAUGGUUCAUGCUUGAAGUUUUAAUGACAAAGAAUGAAAACAAUAGCCAUGCCUUUAUGAAGAAGAUGGCAGAGAACAUCAAGUUAACCAGAGAUGCCCAGUCUCCAGAUGAAUCCAAGACAAAUGAAAAACUGUAUACAGUAUGUGAUGUGGCUCUCUGUGUUAUAAAUAGUAAAAGUGCUUUGUGCAAUGCAGAUUCACCAAAGGACCCAGUCCUCCCAAUGAAAUUUUUUACACAACCUGAAAAGGACUUCUGUAAUGAUAAGAGUUAUAUUUCAGAAGAGACAAGAGUACUUCUGUUAACAGGAAAGCCAAAGCCUGCUGGAGUACUAGGUGCAGUAAAUAAGCCUUUAUCAGCAACGGGAAGGAAACCCUAUGUUAGAAGCACUGGCACUGAGACUGGAAGCAAUAUUAAUGUAAAUUCAGAGCUGAACCCUUCAACCGGAAAUCGAUCAAGGCAACUUUUCUCUCCAAUUAUUUUGUUACUAGAAAUUAAUUCUGAUCAGGCUACCCAGGGCAACAUCAGCAGUGACCGAGGAAAGAAAAGAACAGUAACAGCAGCUGGUGCAGAGAAUAUCCAACAAAAAACAGAUGAGAAAGUAGAUGAAUCGGGACCACCUGCCCCUUCCAAACCCAGGAGAGGACGUCGACCCAAGUCUGAAUCUCAGGGCAAUGCAACCAAAAAUGAUGAUCUAAAUAAACCUAUUAACAAGGGAAGGAAGAGAGCCGCAGUGGGUCAGGAGAGCCCUGGGGGUUUGGAAGCAGGUAAUGCCAAAGCACCCAAACUGCAAGAUUUAGCCAAAAAGGCAGCACCAGCAGAAAGACAAAUUGACUUACAAAGGUAAUGUAUGCCAUUCUUCCUGAAGUGGGAAUUUAGACAUUCUGUUUUAUUCCUAGUAUAUCCUUAGUGCCAGUCACCCCAACACCUAAGCAUUUGAGAGUGAAACCUGCAUCUGGUUUUCCUGGGUCAGUUUAUAAUAGCAUCUGUUAUUAUCUCAUAACCUCCAGUUUUAAAGCAUGAAUUUGCAGAAAAAUCUUUUUUUCUUUGUGUAAUUUUUUUUAGUAUAUGGUAUUUUGAUAUUUCUAUUUUCGUUAACAAGACAAGUAUUUCUUUCGCUUAGUGCUUCCCUUUCUCAUUAGUAUGACAGUAUGUAUCUUAAAGGGUUCCUCUAAGAAUUAAAUGGAUCAGUAAAUAUAAAGAAAGCACCUAGCAAAAGGCCUAGUACAAAAUAAAUGCCCAACUGUUAUCGUUA